AUGAUUCGCCAACAAGACCUGUUCAUUGCGGCCCCAAUUUAUGCAAAUGGCAAGCUCAAGAUAUCAAGUGUCCUGAUUGCAAACCGUGGCGAGAUUGCUUGCAGGGUCAUUGCUACCUGUAAGAAGCUGGGUAUCGCGACAUUUGUAGUCUUUACCGAUGCAGAUUCCAAUGCACCAUUCGUUAAGCUUGCCGACAAGGCUCACUAUCUUGGUGACCCUGAGAGCCAACCUUAUCAGAAUGGCGAGCUCAUAAUCGAGAUAGCCAAGAGAUUUGGAGCUGAUGCCAUUCAUCCUGGGUACGGUUACUUAUCAGAGAAUGCGGACUUCGCAGCGGCCGUUGGCUCCGCUGGGCUCGUCUUUCUUGGGCCCUCACCCCAGACAAUCGCUGCUCUUGGAGACAAGCGCGAGGCCAAGGAGUUUCUGGCGGCAAGAUCAUCGGUCCCCUUGGUGCCAGGAUAUGGCGGGUUAGAUCAGGAUCCGGACCUUCUGGAGAAAGAAGCUGACCGGAUCGGAUAUCCCGUCAUGAUCAAGGCGUCUGCUGGUGGAGGCGGAAAGGGUAUGAGAAUCGUGCACUCGAAGGAAGAUUUUCGAGAAUCGCUACAGCGCUGCACUUCCGAGGCUGGACGUCUGUUCGGCUCAGCUCACUGUCUCAUCGAAAAGUACAUCGAAGCCGGGAAGCAUGUGGAGAUGCAGAUAUUCGGCGAUGGUGAAACUGCCGUCAGUUUCCUCGACCGUGAGUGCUCGGUGCAGCGCCGCAACCAGAAGAUCAUCGAGGAAAGCCCCUGUCCCUGGCUGAGUGCGGAGAUGAGGCAGGAUAUGUCAAACUCGGCCCUGGAGAUUGCGAGACUCUUGAAAUACGAGUCCGCUGGAACAGUCGAGUUCAUAGUGGAUAUCAAGAACGAGCGGUACUACUUCUUGGAAGUCAACACCAGAAUUCAAGUCGAGCACCCAAUCACAGAAGAGGUUGUCGGCAUCGAUCUCAUCGCCCUUCAAAUCUACGUCGCUGGUGGUGGCAAGCUUCAGGCUCCGCCACAGCUUCAGGACAUCAAACAGAUUGGACAUUCCAUCGAGGUCCGGCUGUGUGCUGAGGACCCCUUCCACGACUUUCGCCCAUGCACGGGCACGAUAUGUCAGUUGAAAACACCUCUCGAUAGCAAGAGCGAGGAUUGUGCUGGUCUUCGAUACGAACUCGGAGUUGAGCGUGGCUCAGCAAUCACGGUGCAUUUCGAUUCCAUGAUAUCCAAAAUCAUUGUAUGGGCACCUACCCGCGCCAUGGCUAUCGCCAAGAUGAUCCGCGCUCUGAAGAAUACUGUCUGCUUUGGGCUCACCACGAACCAAGUAUUUCUUCAGAGAAUCCUGGCUUCGCCGCAUUUCCACGACGUCAGCUAUACUACGGCUUUGAUCCCACAAAACAUGGGCGAGUUGACUGCUCCUUUGGACACGGCGUCCGUUGACAGCAGCACCGCCAUCGCUGCUCUUGAAAUC